CCACCACUGGCCGACCCUCUAGUGCUCUCUGCUGCCCGCUGCGGACACCAGGAGCGCUCGACGCGGUUUCCGCGCCUCUCGCCGGCUUUCUUCUCUGCGGCUCUUCGAGUCUCGUUCUGCAGGACUUCGACUCAUUCAUUCGCAAACUUCCCAGCCUUCGCUUUACCGCACGCGCUGGUGGGCUUCGGCUCACGUAGACAUACGCGCCAACUUCCAGCCUGCUUUUCUGCUGCUUUUGCUGCCUGUUAAACAUUUUUGUCCUCGCCUUUUCUGGCUCAAAAUCUCGCCGCACCUGAAUGCUAUUAAAUUUACUUUUUAAGAAAUCCUAAAAAUGCAUACAAGUCACCUUUGCAGCAUUCUGCAUCAGCUGUGCUUACUGGCCAUCUACGCGUUUGCAGGCACAGAGAUUUCACAGGAGUCCGAGAUCGUGUAUCCAGUGAUUUCCCCGGCGGUGGCCGCUGAAGUCUUUGACAGCGCGGAGAGAGAUCCGACGGCGGGUGCCAGUUCCCGGGAGGCCCGCUCUCUUGCCCACGGCGAGGAGUACGAGUCGCAGGAGCUAGACCAAUGGGAGCCUCCCGGACCGCAAUCUCUAAGCGCGCCGGGACUGGAGCUCACGCUAGCAGCUUUCGGCAGGGAGCUCCGCAUCCUUCUGAGACGGGACAGCAGGUUUCUGGCGCAGAAGUUCAUGGUGGAAAGCAGGCUGAACGCGAGGAAAGCCCCACAGGAGAGUGCAGCCAGCGCGGAGAGAUCGUGCUAUUACAGCGGAACGGUGGCGAACGCGACGGGUUCGAUUGCCUCUUUCAGCACCUGCGGGGGUCUGACAGGCUUCAUCCAGCUGACUGAAGACUUUUUAUUUAUUGAACCAGUGAAUCGCAGCCAGGCAGUCACAGGAGAAGCUCACCGAGUCUACAGGAGGAAACGCUCACAGGAUGAAAAUCAGAUGUCACAAACGUACUGUGCUGUUCUGUCUGAUAAACAAAAAAAACGCAGUAAAAAAUUACAGGAGAGUGGAAGAGGCAAAAGAUACUCCUAUAAAUUAGCACAUGAGUACAUUGUGGAGACGCUGGUUGUCGCUGAUUCUGCAAUGGUUAGCCAUCAUGGAUCUGAAGCCACAAAGAAGUUUGUCCUUACAAUCAUGAAUAUGGUUUUUAAUUUGUUCCAGCAUAAAAGCCUUGGAGUGGGAAUGACCAUUCGCUUAUCUAAACUUGUUUUACUUCAUGAGACACCGGCAGACAUGUACAUCGGGCAUCAUGGAGAGAAGAUGCUAGAGAGCUUUUGUCAAUGGCAGCAGAAUGAAUUUGGCAAGAAAAGUAAUCGUGGUGGCUCCUCCGCAACAUGGAGAGAGGAUCUGCCCUCUGUGGAUACUGCCAUACUUAUUACGAGAAAGGAUUUCUGUGUUCGUAAGGAUGAACCAUGUGACACAGUCGGUAUUGCAUAUUUAAAUGGAAUGUGCAAUGAGAAAAGAAAAUGUAUUCUGGCUGAAGACAACGGCUUGAACCUGGCUUUCACAAUUGCUCAUGAAAUGGGACACAACAUGGGAAUCCAUCAUGACAAUGACCAUCCUUCAUGUGCAAAUGGCCUCCAUAUCAUGUCUGGGGAGUGGAUCAAAGGACAGAACCUUGGUGAUGUCUCCUGGUCUCGUUGCAGCAGAGAAGAUGUGGAAAGGUUUCUCAGGUCAAAGGCAAGCAGUUGUCUUCUGCAAACUAAUCCUCAGAGUCUGAAUUCAGUGAUUCUCCAGUCCAAGCUCCCUGGAAUGACAUACACUGCAGAUGAGCAAUGUCAGAUUUUGUUUGGCCAAAAAGCUUCCUUUUGCCAGGAAAUGCAGCAUAUGCUUUGUGCGGGUCUCUGGUGUAAAGUGGAUGGCAACAAAGAAUGUAAAACAAAACUGGAUCCUCCCAUGGAUGGAACAGAAUGUGAAGCUGGCAAGUGGUGCAAAGCUGGAGAAUGUGUCAGCAGGCUUUCCUCAGCUGAACAUACAGAUGGAGAGUGGAGCACAUGGACUUCUUGGGGUGCCUGCAGCCGGACCUGCGGCAUUGGAAGUAGCUUACGUCAGCGCAAAUGCGACACUCCCAGCCCUGGCAGUAAAGGGAGAGACUGCGCUGGCCCCAGAGUCCAAUAUCAAAUGUGUGAGAAUGGGCCUUGUCCAGUGGGGGCGCCAGCAUUCCGGGAUGUGCAGUGUCAGAGCUACAGCAGGCUAUCGCAUCACAAGAACACGCUGCAGUGGCAUUCCAUCACACAGGAAACAAAGCCGUGCAGCUUAUUUUGCUCCAUAUUUGGGAAGAACCAGCCAGUACUUGUUUCUGAUAAAGUACUCGAUGGAACUCCAUGUGGCUUGCAAGAAUCAGAGAUCUGUGUCAAUGGUACCUGCCAGAAAGCAGGUUGUGAUGGAAUGUUUGGGUCACUAGCAAUAGAAGACCACUGUGGUGUGUGCAAUGGGAAUGGGAAGUCCUGCAAAGUCAUCAAAGGGGAGUUCAACCAGACCAGAGGAGCAGGUUAUGUUGAAGCAGUGGUUAUUCCUGCAGGUGCUAGAAGAAUCCGGGUUGUGGAAGAAAAGCCAGCACACAGCUACUUGGCACUGCGUGACACCAGUAAACAAUCCAUCAACAGCGAUUGGAAAAUUGAGCAUCCAGGGUCAUUUAACAUAGCGGGAACCACAGUGCACUACGUCAGAAGAGGAUUGUGGGAGAAAAUUUCAGCUAAAGGCCCCACCACAUCCCCACUGCACCUUAUGGUUCUCCUAUUCAACGACCAAAACUAUGGCAUCCAUUAUGAGUACACAAUUCCUUUGGAGCCUGUGCCAGAAGAUGAGAGCAGUAAGGCGAGUGAGCCGUUGUUCAUGUGGACACACUCAGGUUGGGAAGACUGCAGUGCAGCAUGUGGCGGAGGGGAGCGAAAAACCAUUGUGUCGUGCACUAAAGCAACUAGUUUGGUGGAUGAAAAGAAGUGCCAGCAUCUGACCAAGCCGAAGCCACAAGUGCGAAAAUGCAAUGAGCAACCAUGCCAAACCAGGUGGAUGAUGACAGAGUGGACAUCAUGUUCAAGAACAUGUGGAAAGGGAUCCCAGAGCAGACAGGUGGCAUGCACUCAACAAGUUCGUAAUGGGACCCUGGUCCGAGCCAAAGAAAGGGACUGCCUGUCUCCCAAACCUGCUUCUACUCAGCGUUGUGAAGGCCAGGACUGUGUAACAGUAUGGGAAGCUGGCGUGUGGUCUGAGUGUUCAACAAAAUGUGGCAAAGGGGCUCGGCAACGCACUAUAAGGUGCACCAACCCUCGCAAGAAGUGUGACCUGUCAACACGCCCCCGGGAGGUGGAAGACUGUGAAGAUUAUUCCAAGUGUUACAUCUGGCGAUCCGGUGACUGGUCUAAGUGUUCCGUCACCUGUGGAAAGGGAAUGCAAUCUCGAGUCAUUCAGUGUAUGCACAAGAUCACAGGAAGACACGGGAGCGAAUGCUUUACCUCUGAGAAGCCAGCAGCAUACCGACCCUGCCACCUACAGCCCUGCAAUGAACGCGUGAAUGUGAACACCAUCACAUCACCCAGACUGGCUGCCUUAACCUUCAAGUGUCUCCGAGACCAGUGGCCGAUAUACUGCAAAAUCGUACGGGAGAAGAACCUUUGUCAGGAUAUGAGGUGGUACCAGCGCUGCUGUGAGACUUGUAGAGACUUUUAUGCACAAAAGAUGAUGCAAAAAAGUUGACAUCCAGCAGAAACUGACAGAACUCUAUGAUGAAUUUCUUUAUUUAUAUUAAAAUUUGCAAAAGUGUGUGUUUUUUUUAUCCAA